AUGUCAUGCUUGUUUGACAACAUCGUCGGUAAAAGCACCAAGGUGACCAAAGAAGAGAUUGAGAAAAUUUUUGCUGAGGCAGUUGAAUUUGGCACUCAUGUGGGCCUCGCAGGAGGAGGUGCUACUUUCGUCGCCGCAGCAGCUGCGACAACAGAGGUUGCGGCAGGAGGCAUUUGGGGCUGGAUGGGCUACACUACAGCUGUGGCAGCAUACAGCACCACAGGUGCAGCUGCAGUGGCAGGCACAGUGGCCUUGCCUCUGGCUGCUGUGGCGGCUGGAGCCUAUGCUUUUUGGAAGUUGCAAUCGGGAAAUAGCAAUCGGAACGAUGAUUCGGACGAGACUUCCACCUGA